ACUCCCCUCCGCCUGACAGUCUUCUCCAGAAGUCAAAGCGAAAGGCGGCAGAUCGAAGCCCAAACGACGAAGCGACAUGGCUGAAAGGAUGACUGGAGGAUUAUCUGACCCUGACCAGGUCACUUCUGAAGUUCGGGACAUCGCUAAUCAGGUGAAGAGCCAGUUGGAAGAGAAAGCAAAUGCGAAAUACUCGUAUUUCGAGGCAGUUUCGUUCCGUAAGCAGGUGGUCGCCGGCACGAACUACUUCAUCAAGGUCCGACACGGUGACGGCGAGAGAGACUACACCCACCUGCGCGUGUUCCAGGCCCUGCCCUGCCAUGGGAGCAGAAUUGAGCUUUCUAACUACCUUCUGGGCAAGACCAAGGAUGACCCCAUCACCUCUUUCUAGCCACAGAGCGUCGUCUCCGCAGGGAGGCAAAGGGAGGCAAUAAAGGGAAUUUACCGGAGGCAAUUAUGCCUGCUUGCCGUCCAUGAAAGCAGAAGCCGUAAUAAACGUAUUACUGCUGG